AUGGAUGAUUCAUUUUCAUUAAAUAGGAAAUUAUAUUUUUUAAAUCUAGACAAAGAAAUAGGAGCUGGUGGAAGUGAAACAAAUAGUGAUGAUGAUAAUAACAAACUAAUAAAUUAUUUUAAUAUAAAAAAAACAAAUGACCUACAUUUAAAAUCAAACAAACAAGAUAACAAACAAUGUAUUCUCAAAGAUUUACAUUUUAAUGGUGAUUAUUUAAUUAAAAAGAAAGAAACAAAACAAAUCAAAAAAAAAAAUGGGAAUUAUGUUUUACCGAAUAAAUAUGAUUAUUUCUUAAAGAAAAAAUCAGACAUUUUUCAUACGGAAGAAUUUAUAUCAAAAAGCUACCAUUUGAAUAAUGUCCACGAUAUUUAUUACACAUACAAAGAAGAAUCCGAUCUGUGUGAUAUUCUCAUCAAAAGAUAUAAGGACAACUUAUAUGUAACUACCUUUAACAACAUGCUAAUACUUAUAAACCCCACUGAUAACAUUAUGGCAUUUUAUAAAUUAUUGUUUAAGACAAACAAUAAAAACAAUUAUAUUAUAAAUAGCUUUGUUGAUUUUUGUCUGGAAAAGAAAUUACAAGAAAAAACAGACGAAUAUGAAGAAGUAAAUGAUAGUGAUGAUUUAACAAACUCAAGUUUAGAUUAUGAAAAGGAAGAAAAUAAUUCUGAUUAUAGUUCUAAUGAAAUAAAAAAUGCAAUAAAUUAUAUUAAUAGAAAACAUAAUAAUAUAACAAUCAAUAAUCAAUUUAAUUUUAAUCAAAUAAAAAAAAAAAGAAAAAAAAAAAAGCUAGUUGAUAUUAAAAAGGAUUUAUUCAUUAAAAGUAAUAAGGAACUGGUUCAAAUGAACACAAAUAUGUUGAAAAAAAAUGUAAUGAAUUUUAAUAUGCUUUAUAAUAUUAAUACUGUUUUUAAUGGAAAAGAAGAUAAUAAAUCAUAUCAUAAAGAAAACAUAUAUUCCUCACACAUCGAAAUGAAUAAUUAUAAUACAUAUGAUAAUAUAUAUCCUAACAGUUUUGAAAAUACAACCAGUGAAAGAUCCUAUAAAUUAAAAACAUAUAAUGAACAAAAUAAAUUAUUAUUUAUAUAUGGUGAAAAUUAUAGUAAUCAGAGUGUAAUCAAUAAAUAUACUUUCAAGCAUAUAAUUAAAAAAUUCCAAGAACAAGAAGAUAUACAUAAUUCAAUUAAGUACAAAAAAAAAAAAAAAAAAAAUUUAUAUCAUUUAUAUAAAAGAGUUAUUAAUAUACUUAAAUUAUUUUAUAAUGAAGAUUGUUAUAAUUUUAUAAUUCAUUUUGCUGAUAAUCAAGAAUUGCUAUCUUUUAACGUACUCCCAUUUAUGUUGAAUAAUACUUGCAAUGUAACAAAUAUAUGCACAAAAAUGAAUGAUAUGUUAUGUGAGUUAUUGAAUAAUGCAAAUAUGUAUAAUAAUGAUAAUAUUGAAAACAAUGAGAAGAAAAAUGACCAAAAAAUGAAAGAAAUAAAUAAUAAGAAGAACAAUAUUAGAAGUAAUGAUAAUAUAAAAACAAAAAAUAGUAGGGAAAAAAAAGAGGAACAUUCUAAUAACUCAAACGCAUUGUUAUAUAAUGACAAAUAUAACAAUAUAAAUAAUUCAAAUGAUUAUAAUAAUGAAAAUAACUUUAUUAAUAUUCCAUAUAUAUUUUUUUUCCUUCUUCAAAGUAUCAUGUUAAACAGUAAUCAUACAUAUUUAAAACCAUUAAACUUACACACUUUAGAUAUAAAAAAAAUAUAUUUAAAUUAUAUUGAGUCUCAUGAAAUUGAAUUAAAUGAAAGUGAUAUGGAGACAACAUUUUCGAAUUUCUCACAUCUUGGAUUUUCACAAGAUGAAAUUAUUUCAAUAAAUAAAAUAAUUUUUUCUAUCAUUUUUAUCAAUAUAUAUAUUAAAAUAAAACAAUGCCUAAGUAUUAAUGAAAAUGAAACCUUAAAAAUUUUGCAAGUACAAUUAAUUGAAAUAUCAGAUUAUAUGAAAUUAAGAAAAAAAAAAAAUAAUAACAAUUCUAAAUAUGGAUCAUUAAGUAAUGGAGGGAAAUGUUCGCUUCCUCAAUUUAUUAAUUUCAAUGAAGAUAAUUAUCUAAGUAGUGGAUUUAGCUCGUUAUCUGAAACUGAAAAUAUACAAUUAUUUAAUAAUGAUAUGGCAAAGGAAAAUAAUAAAAAGAAAAAUUCCAGUAUUGAUGAUUUUCAAGGAGCUAAAUUGAAAGCAACUGGUUCAAGCAAUGUAAAUGUAAAUGUAAAUGUUAAUGUUAAUAGUAAAAAGGUAAAUGAUAUUCCAGAUGAUUAUCAAAGGGAUGUCAAUAAAAUCGAAAAUGAAAAUAAGAAAAGUGUGAAUCAGGUUAAUGAUUUAGUUGGGGUUAACAAACAAAUUGCUUCGGAUAAUAUAAAAAAUGAUUAUAAUAACAACCCUAAUAAUAAUAAUAGUAAUAGUAAUAAUAAUAAUAAUAAUAAUAAUAAUAAUAAUAAUAAUAAUAAUAAUAAUAAUAAUAAUAAUAGUAAUAAUAGUAAUAGUAAUAAUAAUAGUAAUAAUAAUAAUAGUAAUAAUAAUAAUAAUAGUAAUAAAUAUUAUUCCACGAAUGAACCCAUUAAUAUGUACAAAAAUGAUAAUAAUAAAUAUAAAGAACCAAUUGACAAAAAAGGGAACAAAUACUUUAUAGUAUUUGCUGGUCAUAUAUUAGAAGAAUAUAUAUCUUCCUUAUUAAAUAUUGAUAUAAAUUUAUUUGUUCAUAUUUUAAAUAAUAACAUAAAAUUGAAGAGUUUAUGUUCCAAUAUGUUUUAUAGAUUAAAAAUAAAGAUUGUAAAAAAAAUAAAUGAAUACCUUAAUAAUGUAAUUAGAAAUGAACUUAUUCAUCAUUCGUUAUAUCUUUAUUGUAAUGGUGGUUUAAUACAAAAUGUAUUUGAAAAAAAUGAGGAUGUAAAUAAAUAUUAUAAAAAUAAAGAAAAAAAUCAUUUUAGUGAACUAAUUAAUAAUAUAUAUAAUGAAUUAUUACAUUCGUAUUAUUUAAAAAUGUCUAUGUUUAAUAUUGAUACUUGUAUUAUACAUAUGAUAACCACAUUAGAUAAUAAACAGAAUAAUUACGAGGAUGCAUUAUUAUGUACUCUUCAAAAUUAUGGAAAGAAAUAUAACCAGUAUAAUAAUAUGAAUUAUAAAAAUGAUACUGAUGAAACUAUUCCGAAUGUUUUAUGUAAUAAUAUUUAUUUAGGAGAAAAUAGGAUUUUACACAUGUUAGAAAAAUAUUCAACGAAAUUUUCGAGCUUUAUGGAUAUUCAUAAUAAUUCAUAUAAUAAAGAAAAAGAUAGUCCUUACAUUUUAAUAAAAUGGGAGUAUUAUAAAAUAUUGAGUUUGUUUUAUUUAUCCAUAAAAAACAUAACAGAAGUAUACAAUAAGUAUAUCAUUAAUAGUAAUAAUAAUAAAAAUAACAAUAGUGAUAAUAUUAGUAAUAAUAUGUGUAAGUGUAAAUAUAAUUGUAAUUGUAAUUGUAAUUGUAAUUGUAAGUAUAAUUAUGAUUUGGAUAAACAGCUAUACCAUUUAGAUGAUGAAAAAUUCAUGCACGAUAUUUUAUUGAAAUAUUUUCCAUAUUUAUCCAAUGAUGGUAUUACAAAAAAAAAAAAUAUACAUGGGAAAAGAAAUAGAAUGAAAUAUAAGAAAUAUAAUUUUAGUAUUACACAUUAUAAUGAUAAACAAAUAAAAUACAAAUGUAAUAAUAUGAUAUUUGAUAAUAUUAAAGAUAUAUAUAUACUUAAAGAUAUUAUUGAAAUUAUUGAAAAUAGUGACAUGUCAUUUUUAAGAAGUAUAUUUUUUGAAAAUAAUACAUUACCAUUAAAAAGUGUUAAAAGUGAUUUAUUAUAUAAUGAAAUGAACUUUUUUAUACAUAUUAUAAAUAAUACUUUUGAAAAAUUUUAUUUUCUUGUUAUAAAUGAAUCUGAAAAAAAACAAAAAGAUAUAUUUAUUCCUAAAUAUAUAACAAAUUGUAUAAAACAUAAAGAAUCAACUACAUAUGAUCAUUACGCAAGUACAACAUCUGAAAGCAAUUUAUACAAACGAUUUUCAUUAACUUUAAAUAAAUCAUUUGUACAUAAUAAUAAUAUAAAAUCUUUUAAAAGUUUAUUUUUACAUAUGGAUUCAGUUCGUACAGACAAUAUAACCAAUUUCUCUGAUUUAAACAAAAAAAAAAUUAACAAAGAUCAUAUCACUUUUGUAAUUAAUAUGUUUAAUUUAAAAAAUAUAUUUAAUUACCAACAAGAAUAUUUAUAUUAUGCUAUUCCAUAUAUUUGCUUUAUUAAAAAAUAUAUUUUAUUCUGUGCAUAUGUUAGUAAGGAAAACGACUUAAUUAAACUAUUAAACUAUUAUGAAGAAAAGUAUCAUAAACCUAAUUAUUCAUAUAAUACACCAGGAAAGGAUACAAAUAAUAUAAUAUAUAAUUCUUCUAAUAUGAAAGAUAAUUUUUCAAAUAAUAAUAAAAACAAUAAUAUAUUUAACCAAUCAAUUAAUAUAUAUAAAGAAAAAAUGUAUAACAACAAGAACAACAAAAAAAAAAAAUAUAUAUAUAAUGAUACAACCAACUUUAUAUAUCUAAACAAAUUAUCAGUUGAAGAAAUGAAAGAUAUGUGUACAUUAAUAUUAUACAAUUUUAAUAUUUCCACUAAUAUUAUUUACUUUGAAAAUUAUUUAUUUGUAAAAAAGUCUUUAUAUUUUCUUUUGGAAAAUAUGAAAAAUGAAUAUUUAAAAUAUAUCACACCAUUUAUUAGAAAAAUAGAAAAUAGUUAUAUAUCUUAUAAAAAUAAGAAAAUUAAAUUUUCUUAUAGAAAUAAAAUUAUUGUUAUUCAAAAUUAUAUGAGAAAAUAUUUAUUCUUUCAUGAAUUACAAAAAAAGGAAAAGAAAAAAAAUUUGCUUACAUCAUUUAUUAUAUUUUAUAGUUAUUUAUUGAAACAUAAAAACAUGGAAGAAACAAAAGAAACAUUAGAAUAUUAUAAAGAAACUUUUAUGAGUAAGGAGAAAAAAUUAAUUCGACAUGCAGCAUGUGUAUAUAUACAAUCAUGGUUUAGAAAAAUAAUACAACAAAGGAAAUAUAAAGCCAUGAAAUUAGAAAUAUUAAAAACACAUGCAAGAGAAAAAAUAAGUACAGCUAUUAAAACAUAUAUAACACAAAUAAAAAUGAUAAAAAAUUUAAAUGAAGUAUUAAUACCAAACAGAUGUGCAACUUUAAUUCAAUCAUCUUUUAGAAGAUAUAGAUGUAUGGUACAAUAUGAAAAAAAAAUGUAUUUAAAAAUAUGUUUUCUAUCAAUUAAAAGAAAAUAUAUGGCCUACACAAAUGUUAUAACAAAAAUGAAUUAUCAUUAUUUAAUAAAAAAUAUAUAUAGGAAAAAUUUCAUUAAAAAUCAUCUAAAAAUACCUGAAGCAGUAGUAAAGAUACAAAGUAAAUAUAAAGCAUAUGUUGUUAAAAAACAAUAUAAUAUGUUAAGAGACGCAAUAUAUUUUACACAAUCAUAUAUACAUACAUGUAUAGAAAGAAUAAAGUAUGAACAAUUAAAAAAAAGUGUAAUUACUAUACAAUUAUGGUGGAGAAAUUUCUAUAAAUUAAAAAAAAUUCUUCAAAAUUUCCCUUUGAAUAUAUAUAAUAGUGAAUAUGAAAAAACAAAAUAUUAUUUUCUAGAUAAAAAAAAUUUCCCGAAUUAUUAUUAUUAUAUAUUAAAAGAACAAAAAGCAAUGAAACUUUUGACAUAUAAUAUUUUAUUAAAACAAUGGUAUUUCUUUUAUUUUAAAAAAUUCCAAAAAAAAAAUCAUUUAUUUAAUAUUAUAUUUAAUUUGAAAUUAUAUAAAAAUAUAUCUUAUUAUUAUUUACUUCCAUGGGCAUAUAAAAUAAAUGCUAUACUUAAAAUGAUACAUAUGAAACAAAUGUUUAAAAUAUGUACAACCAAUUAUUAUCAAAAUACUAUAUUAAAUAUACCACUUUUUGAAACAAUACAAAUAUUUGUAGGCAAAACACAUACUAUACUUUUAAUUAAUCAAAGCGUUAAUAAAGAUAAUAAUACAGAACAAAUGAUAUCACAUGGAUAUAAUAAAAAUAGUAAACAAUUUUAUACGAAAUAUGUAUAUAGUAUUGGAUCUAAUGAUUGUGGACAGUUGGGUUAUUACGAUUUGUCUAGUUCUCCAUUUUUAGAUCCCCCCAAAGUUCUCAAUUACAAGUGGGAUCAAGUUAAUAUCAAUGAAGACGGAAAUAAUAAACUUAAUCGAAUAAAUGAAAAAAAAGAAGAUCCGAUAAAAAGGGAUAUAUAUAUAGAUACAAUAGAUGAUGAUACAAAGAUUGACAACAUAAAUAAUGAUAAUAAUAAUGAUAAUAAUAAUGAUAAUAAUAGUGAUAAUAAUAGUAAUAAUAAUAGUAAUAAUAAUAGUGAUAAUGGAAUGACUACUUUGGGAAGCUUAUAUAAGGAAAGCAUGGAUAAUAAUAAUACAAGCAUUUUUAGUACACACAAAAGUAAUCUUGAUAAUAAUAUGAUAAAUAACACUUACAAUAAUAAUAAUACAUAUAAUAAUUAUACUUAUAAUAAUAAACAUUUUAAUAAUCAAUAUGAUAAUAUUUACAAAUCAUAUGAACAUGAAAAAUCAAAUAAUAAAACAAAAUUUAAAAAUGUAAAUAAUAAUUAUCUAAGAAGUUUGCAACAUUUAGAGUUUCAAUAUAAAAAAAAGUACACCAUUUCGAAAAAGAAUUUUGGUGAUAAAUUCAACGAAAAUAUAAAUGAUAUUAUUGAUUAUAAAAUAAUAGAUAAAGAGGAUAAUAAAAAUAGUAAAAAUAUAACAAAUAAUAAUAAAUAUGAAUAUGAUUUUAAUAUUGAUAAGUCACAUAAAGGUAAGAAAAUUGUUGAAUUUACUAAAUUAAUUAAUGAAACAAAUAAAAUUCUUAAUAUAUGUUGUGGAUCUGAACAUACAUUAGCUCUUUCCGAAAAUGGAAAUGUAUACUCAUGGGGAAACAAUACAUAUGGUCAAUGUGGUCAGAAAUAUGAAAAACAUAUUAUUAGAUAUCCUAAAAUUAUAAAAUAUUUUUUGAAAAAUAAUAUUCUUAUAAAAAAUAUAAGUUGUGCUUCUUAUCAUAGUGGUUAUAUAACCAAAUCAAAUGAUUUAUAUAUAAGUGGGAACUUUUUUUUUAUCAAUUUAAAAUAUUUUCAAAAUAAUAUUUAUGAACCAAUCUUUUUAAUAUCAGGAUGUCUUAAUAUUACAUGUAAAGAUAGUUUUAAUAUAUCAUUAAGAACUAAUAAAAAUUCAUUUUAUUUAUGGGGAAAUAAUUAUAAAUGUAUAUUAGGAGUAAAUAAAAAGAAGUUAGCUAAUCUGGAUGAAAUAUCUAUUUAUCCAUUAACUAAUAUAUGUCCAAAUAUUACAGUAAAUAAAAUUGCAUGUUCAGAUAAUUUUGUGUGUAUUAUAACCACACUUACUACAACAAAUAAUUAUACCAUGUUUAUGUGGGGACAAUUUUCUCAUAUUGAAAAAAAGGAAAACCAAGAAAAUAAUACAAAAAGUGUUUUAAGUACUAAUAAUUUUUUUAAUAAGUUUAGAAUGAAGGCUAAAAUGAACAAUACGAAAAAUGACAACCAAAAGGAUAACAUAAAUAAUAAUAAUAAUAAUAAUAUGAGGAAAAACAAAAAAAAUAUGAUAUACAUUGCCAAACCUACGCCUGUAUAUAAUGAAAUAUGGGAGCAAAAUGAAGCAAUCGAUGUGUGCUGUGAUUUAGAUGAAAUUAUGGUGCUGAUGUCUAAUUUGUGCUUAUACGGAUUUUCUUCAGUGGAAAUUUUAGGAGGUGAUACAAAAAAAUUACUAGCUAACGAACCCAAAGUAUUUUUCAACCAUUUCAAUAGAAAACCAAAAAUUGAAAAAAAAGAAAACGAUAUAAAAUUUGAAGAACCAGAAAUUCAUGAAAAUAUUAACGUUUUAAACCCUGUAUUAUACAUGUACAAAUAUUUUAAACCAUCGUAUUUUAAUGUUAAGAGAAUUCAAUGUAGUUAUAAUAAAAAUAGUCUCUCAAUUAUGAAUGUUACAAUGGGAGAAUAUGAAAUACCUAAGAUAAAACAAAAAUUGGAAUAUGUUACACCAUCGGGCGAUAUUGUGGAUUUCCCUGAAAAAAUUAAAGAGGCAAUAUUACAAAAAUCCAAAAAGGAAUCCAGCAAAUGGAUUAAAUCAAACGAUGAUCCUUACAUAAAUCAUUUCUUAAUACAAAAUUCAAGCGAUUCAGGGAAUUAA